UUCAACAAUGCUGUUUAUUCACGGUUUUCGCGUAUAAAGUAUACAUUAAAGAACCAAACACGAUGCUAUGUGUAUGCUAAGCUAGCAGACGAAUGUCACCGUCUGCCAGACUUGGCCAAGAUUUGACCCACUUUACGUUAAUAGUAAUGUAGUAUUACAAUGCAGUUCUCCAUCAGAUGUUUAACACCACCUAACAAUCAAUUGACACUCACUGAACUAAUCGGCAUGUUAUUUGUAUUUCGCUUAUGUUUCUUUUCCGGCACUUUCUACGAGCAAACUUGGUUUUACUAAGUCGUACGUACUGAGUGACUUGUCAUUACAAUACAUUUAAAAUAUUGUGCAUGAUAUUUGUCGAAGGCGAGAUUUAAUGUGAGAGAUUAAUCUGUUAUAAGAAUAAAUUCUAUACACGUUGCAGUAAUGUAUUGAAUAAAGGUUUACUUAGGGAGGUUUUGCCAAGUGUAUGUGCACGUCAGUAGUGACACGUUGCAUUCUAAUGUCAACACACACCUCUUUCAUUGAAAGGUCCUUUCCACGCCAACCGGAAGCUCAACUUGGAGCACUAAACUAGUGGAUUUAUCACAGUGGUAAUUUGGCAAGACAAAUAUCCGGUGGGAUGAUAAGAACAGACGUGUGACGCGUUUGCAAGAUAAGCUACUGCUACUGUUUCGUGUUGCAUUCAGAUGCUGCUCGGGAAUACUGGACCACUGAGGCCAGAGAUCACCAUCUCAUAUGUUGCAGUGUCGCUAAUCUUCUUCAACAGCGGCCUCUCGCUGAAGACGGAGGAGCUGACCAGCGCUUUGCUUCAUGUGCGCCUUCACCUCUUCGUUCAAUCGUUCACGCUCAUCUUCUUCCCACUGGUGGUGUGGUUGCUGGUCAGGGUGCUCGCGCUGACCGCUAUCGACCAAUGGCUGCUCAGAGGGUUACAGACGGUGAGCUGCAUGCCGCCUCCGGUCUCCUCAGCCGUCAUUCUCACCAAAGCUGUCGGCGGUAACGAGGCUGCUGCAAUCUUCAACUCGGCGUUUGGGAGCUUCCUGGGCAUCCUGGUAACGCCAGCGCUGCUGCUGCUCUUUCUGGGCUCCUCCUCCUCCGUCCCCUUCUCCUCCAUCUUCUCUCAGCUCUUCAUGACGGUGGUGGUACCGCUCAUCAUGGGUCAGGUGUGCCGCCGUUUCCUCAGGGAGUGUCUGGAGCGCAGGAAGCCCCCCUUCGGCGCCGUCAGCAGUGGCGUUCUCCUCAUGAUCAUCUACAGCACUUUCUGCGACACCUUCAGCAACCCCAACAUGGAGCUGGACCCCACCAGCCUGCUGAUGGUCGCCCUCAUCAUUUUCUCCAUCCAGCUCACUUUCAUGGUGCUCACCUUUGGAUACUCCAGCAGGUCGGGCUCAGGUUUCAGUCCCGCUGACACAGUCGCCAUUGUGUUCUGCUCCACACACAAGUCGCUCACACUGGGUAUCCCCAUGUUGAAGAUCGUGUUCAUGGGCUAUGAGCACCUGUCGCUCAUCUCGGUUCCCCUGCUCAUCUACCAUCCGGCUCAAAUCCUGCUGGGAUCCGUGCUGGUGCCGACCAUCCGCAGAUGGAUGAUUGGCCGCCAGAAGCUGAUGAAGACACAGAGCCUUCAACCUGUCUGAUGAAGAUCAGGCAUUCACGUGCCUUACAACAUCAAACCUCAGACAACUUCUGCAAUGGAUGAAAAGCAUUUAUUCUUCUAUAGCGAAAAGAAGCAAAGGUACAUGUUUUAUUUUUGUAAAAUAAAUUAUUGGGACCAUU